AUGACUCUCCCGAUUCGCACCUCCAGCUACCGCCUGCGGUCUCGAGAGAAAUCCCAGCAAGCGGACGCGGAGCUGACGGCUCGGGACGCCCCCGUUGACGCGCCUUUCGCCGCAUUGCGCCAUGAGACACCAGUCGUCGAGGCCAAGCUCGAGUCCGCGGCGCUAUUCUCCCCGUCCUCGACCUCGGUCAUGCAGGGCCACGCGCUGCUGCAGCUCACGCACAAGCUCAUGGCCAUGAUCGCGCAGCCGGCCAAGCUCCUUGCAGCGCUGGUGGCCGACUGCGGCGAGCGCACGUCCAAGCAGACCUUCUGGCUGCGGGCCACGGCCUACCAGCACGCGGAGCUGCGCGGCCUCGACGACGCGUGGUGCGGCAUCGUGGAGGAACCGGAUCGGUACGAGCUGGGGCCGACCGACGUGAUGCUGCUCAAGGCGGCGCUGUACUACUGGCGGCUGUGGCAGUACGUGUGCAUCCUGUGCGUGGACGCCGUGGCCCGCAUCGAGGAUACGGCGAUGCAGCAGCAGCAGCCGCAAACGCAGCCCCGACAAGAGCCCAAGCAGUGGACGAGUCUGCUGCAGAAGCGCGAGGCCCCCUCCAUCUCGCCCUCGUUCGAGGACCGGUGCUCGGACGCGCUGUCGCAGGGCAUGGUGCUGUCGGGCCCCGGCCUGGCCAAGCGGUCGCGCAUCACCAAGCGCUCGAACGAGUUCCUCGUGGCCUGGUUCCUCGCGCACAAGGACAACCCGUACCCGUCGUCGGAGGAGCGCACGGAGAUCGCCGAGAAGACCGGGCUGGCCGAGCAGCAGGUGCGCAACUGGUUUGCCAACAUGCGCAAGCGCCACUGGAAACCCAACCGCACGAACGCCAAAAAGCCGCGCUGUCUGCUGGACUACGUGCUGCGCCAGACGGAGGCCUGA